UAUCAGCCGAUUCAGACAACAUCACCAACAGCUUGGUCUGUGUGUGUGUGUGUGUGUGUGUGUACGGGAGCAGAGCAGCGAGCGAGCGAGCAGGCGGGCGAGAGACGAGAGAGCGAGAGAGCGAGAGAGAGAGAGCGAGCGAGCGAGCAGAGCAGGGAAGGGGGAGGCUCCGUAUUCUUUCACCUACCCCCCGUCAAACCACAGGAAGGAGGGGCUAGAGUCUUAGCUGCCAAUCAAAUCCGCUCGUGGCAGCCGGCAUUAUCUCAGCAACAAACUAUUGACAGAUUACAUGUCAAGGAGUUUAGUGCAUGAUUGAAGGAAGCCUUUUUUUUGUCUAGUUACUUUUCCGCUUUAUUUCCCCUCAACCGGCCAACAUUCGAAUGACUUUCUAACAGAGUUGAGUAAUAUUAUGAAAGUUACAUGUCUGAGAGGAUUUAACUUCGACUUCCCUGAAUAUGCUGAAAGGAGUUUAUGCACUGAAACGACCUCAGGAAAAUCCAAGAUGGCCGCCAAAAGAAAAGGUGGCCUAAAACUCAAUGCUAUCUGUGCCAAGCUGAGUCGCCAGGUGGUGUUCGACAGCAACUCCCAGAAUGCUGAGGGAGAGCAGAGCGUGGCCGAAAACAGCGAGCGCGGCAGUUCCCACUACGACGACAGUGAGACCAAUUUCCCCGAGAGCCUGAGCCUGAAUCAGAGCCUGGAGGAGGACCAGAGGAGACGAGAGGCCAUCGAGAAAUGGGUCAACGGCGAGUACGGCGAUGAGCCGCUCGCUCCCGAGGAUGAGCAAGAGCACGAACUCAAAGUCAGCCACGACGAAGACGGCCCCCCAGAGGGCGUGUACAUGGUGCAACCCAAAGGCUGCAGCGACGAGGAAGACAAUGCGGACGAAGCAGAGGCCACCGCUGGGUCUCAGGACGGCAGUUACCAUGACGACAAAGAAGCUGACGACAGGCCUUCAAAAGAGGACGCCUACGUGCCGUCCAGUGACGCCCAGAGUCGCCAAGCACCUUUCUCCUCACCAGGAGAAGCUUCUGCCCUACGAGACUAUGCAGCCAACACCAUGAAUGAGUUUUUAGGAAUGUUCGGUUAUGACGACCAGCAGGUAAGGGAUGAGCUGACCAAGAAGAUCAGCUUUGAGAAGCUCAAAGCUGCUACCUCAGACCCCUCAUCCCUCAGCAGCGAGGAGGCCUCGCGGCGCGCUCGCUUUUCCAAGUACGAAGAGUACAUACGCAAGCUAAAAGCGGGCGAGACCCUCCCUUGGCCCAUGCAUCCUUCCCCACCCAAACCAGACGACCUCAACUCUAAACUGGCCCAAGAUAAGAGCGUUGCCAUGCUCCAGAGCGCUGGGUGCCUCCCGGGGGCCGAGGCGCAGAUCUACCCCUCCAGCCUAGACCACAAACAGGCAGCAGGACCCCAGCUGGGCGCCUCUCAGCCAUCCAACUCCUCCCACAUGCAGAACAUGGUGUCUCGAUCCUCCAAGUACGACUUUUUCAUUCAGAAGCUGAAAAUGGGCGAGAGUCUCCAGCAGCAGAACGGUAACGCUUACAAGCGUCCCUCCAAGUACGACCUGGAGAACGUCAAAUUUCUGCACCUCUUCAAACCUGGUGAGGGCAACUCCGACAUGGGCGGCGCGAUCGCCUUUAAGACGGGCAAAGUGGGCCGUCCUUCGAAGUACGACAUCAGAACCAUCCAGAAGCUAAUGCCAGGAAAUCCAGAGAGCUCCCUCAUGCCCAAUGUCCUCUCCACCGCGCCGGGGACCACUGGAGCUGCUGGUGUCCCCGCUGUAGGUGCACUCGGCGCCAGCAUUGCUCCAGGCCUCACAAUGGAGCAGACAGGACACAUAGGCUUCAACACCUCUGACUACCUGAAGUCCAGCUUCUCCAAAACUGACUCCAUCACCACUGGAACCGUGUCCUCUGUUAAAAAUGGCCUGCCACCAGAUAAACCCGCCAGCGACGACAUCAACCUCUACCAGAAAUAUAUUGCCAGGUUCUCUGGAAGUCAACACUGCGGGCAUGUGCACUGUGCUUACCAGUACAGGGAGCAUUACCACUGCAUGGACCCUGAGUGUAACUACCAGGUGAGCAGGUUUACCAGUAAGCAGGAUGUAAUCAGGCACUACAACAUGCACAAGAAGCGGGACAACUCGCUGCAGCACGGAUUCAUGCGCUUCAGCCCUCUGGACGACUGCAGCGUCUACUACCACGGCUGCCAUCUCAAUGGAAAAAGUACACAUUACCACUGCAUGCAGGUGGGCUGUAGCAAAGUGUACACCAGCACCUCAGAUGUCAUGACCCACGAAAACUUCCACAAAAAGAACGCCCAGCUGAUCAACGACGGCUUCCAGAGGUUCCGCGCCACCGAGGACUGCGGCACCGUCGGGUGUCAGUUCUAUGGUCAGAAGACCACACACUUCCACUGCAGGCGUCCAGGCUGCACAUUUACCUUUAAGAACAAGUGUGACAUUGAGAAGCACAAGAGCUACCACAUAAAGGACGACGCUUACGCCAAAGACGGCUUCAAGAAGUUCUACAAGUACGAGGAGUGCAAGUACGAGGGAUGCGUGUACAGCAAAGCUACCAACCACUUCCACUGCAUCCGCUCGGGCUGCGGCUUCACCUUUACCUCCACCAGCCAGAUGACCUCCCACAAGCGCAAACACGAGCGCCGUCACAUCCGCUCCUCGGGCGUCAUGGGCCUCUCCUCCACCUUCCUCGCGCCAAAGGACGAACCGGAGGAGUCCAGCAACGAUGACCUGAUGGACUUCUCGGCCAUCAGCAGCAAGAACUCCAGCCUGAGUGCCUCGCCGACGACCCAGCAGUCCUCCACCGUAUCGCACCUGUUGGCCACGCCCACCACCGCCGUGUCCUCGUCUACAACAGGCCACGCCCUCAAGCCCACCUCCUCGCUGUCCAGCGCCGGCCAGCGCAUGUCCACCUUGCUGUCCCAGGCCCUGCCCAGCAACAUGCCGGUGGCCCUGGCUCUGUCCAACAACGCCCUGGCCGCCUCCAACCCCUUCUUCCCCCUCAUGCCCCGGCUGCCCCUCCAGUCGGCAGCCGCCAACCUCAUAUCAGCUGUGUCCUCCGGCGGACACGCCAUGCCCACCGACUCACUGGCCCAAGGCGGCGCGGACGGCGCCAUGGCCUCAACGCCCGCCCCCUUUGCCACCUCUUCCAUUAUGGAGAAGAUCUCCGCAAGCAAAGGCCUGAUCUCACCCAUGAUGGCCAGACUGGCUGCUGCUGCCCUGAAGCCCACCAACAACUUAGACGCAGGGACCGGGCAGGCGGCUGCAGCCAGCCAGUUCAAUCUGGUCCAAGUGAAGCAGGAGCCGGUGGACGGCAGCUCGCAGGACUCCACGCAGGAGCACAGCCUGGACCUGAGCAAGAAGGAGCAGAGUAAUGAAUCAAACGGACACCCUGUACCAGGGAAUACAUCUCUUUUAUCCUCGCUUAUGAAUAAGAUGUCACAGGUGAACCCCGCCGUCUUCAACGCCUUGAACCUGAAGACGGAGCUGGACGCGGGCCAGGGCAGCGACACCUCGGAGGCCGCCCAGUAUCUGAGCAGAGUCCUGAAGAGGCCGGAAAAACCCAGCGAGAUCUGGAGGACGUACCUCCGCAGGUUCGACACGGACGACUUCUGUGAGGCUCAGUGUGACUUCCUUCAGAAGGUCCACUUCCACUGCCUGGUGGAGGACUGCGGAGCCCUCUUCAGCACCGUGGACGGGGCCAUAAAACACGCUACCUUCCACCUCCGAGCCACCAUCAAAGUGAAACCCGAGGCCCAGUUCGGCGAGGGCAAGGACGCGGGGGAGGGCACGCUGCUGCAGCCCGCCGCCCCGGUCACCGUGGCCAGCAGCCCCUCCAUGGACGUGGCGCACCUCACUUCCUCCGGCGGCUACAGCUCGCCUCCGCGCUCGCUGCUGGCCUGGAAGCAGCUGACGGGCAGCAUCGCCCAGAUGCCGGCCUCCAUGCCCAACCUGCCCACCAACUCCCCUCUGGCCACCACCUCUCUGGAAAACGCUAAGCCCCAGGUCAAACCGGGCUUCCUGCAGUUCCAGGAGAAUGAUCCCUGUUUGGCCACUGACUGCAAGUACUCAAACAAGUUCCACUUCCACUGCUUGUUUGGGAACUGCAAGUACGUGUGCAAGACCUCUGGCAAGGCCGAGUCCCACUGCUUGGACCACAUCAACCCCAACAACAACCUGGUCAACGUCCGCGACCAGUUUUCCUACUACUCCCUCCAGUGUCUCUGUCCCAACCAGCAGUGCGAGUUCCGAAUGAGGGGCCACUACCACUGCCUGCGGCCCGGCUGCUUCUUCGUCACCAACAUCACCACCAAGCUGCCGUGGCACAUCAAGAAGCACGAGAAGGCCGAGCGCCGCGCCGCCAACGGCUUCAAGUACUUCACCAAGCGGGAGGAGUGCGGGAGGCUGGGCUGCAAGUACAACCAGGUCAACAGCCACUUUCACUGCAUCCGCGAGGGCUGCCAGUUCUCCUUCCUGCUCAAGCACCAGAUGACCUCGCACGCACGCAAGCACAUGAGGCGGAUGCUGGGGAAGAACUUCGACAGAGUCCCGUCCCAGGUGAUGCCUCUGGGUCAGAGGGCGGACGAGCUGCAGCGGGCGUCCGGCCUGGGGUCCGGCUCGGCGCCGGCCCAGCCCGGCCUCGGGCCCGGCUUCUCCUCGGCCUUGAUGGACGAGACCGACGACUACAUGGACUACAUGGGAGGGGGCGGCAGCCCCUUGGGCCUGUCCUCGGAGUCCUCCAACCAGGACCGGAGCUGCACCAGCACACCUGUGGGCCACGACGGCUCUCCAGCAGGACAAGGCUGCCCCGCCACCACCUCUGCUCCUACCACCCUCGCUGACACUAGCGCUACCCAAAACGCACCUCCUUCUUCCUCCUCUCCACCACCACUACCACCACCGCCUCCUCCUCCCUCCUCCGCUCCUCAGCCCGGCAUCCAGUGCCAGGCCCCAUCCCUCUCUCCCGCCCUCCUCCGACCUCCUCUCCCCUCACUCCCAUACCUCCUCUCUCCAUCCUGUCUGUCAUACUCUCUGCUCAGCGCCUCUCUGGGAGCCACUCGGAGUGUUGUCAUGCCAACCAACACACCAGCUUUCAGCCCCAUCAUUGCCACUCCGUCUCCGGUUAAAAAUGACGUCCCUAUAGUGCAGGAUGCUGCAGGCAACACUAUCUCCAUUCCCACAGCCACUGGUGCAAAGAAGCGCUUCUGGAUCAUCGAGGACAUGUCACCGUUCGGGAAACGCCGCAAGACCGCGUCAUCGCGCAAGAUGCUGGACGAGGGCAUGAUGCUGGAGGGCUUCCGCCGCUACGAUCUCUACGAGAACUGCAAGGACUCGGGCUGCCAGUUCUCCCUGAAGGUCACCCACUACCACUGCACGCGCGAGAACUGCGGCUACAAGUUCUGCGGCCGCACCCACAUGUACAAGCACGCGCAGCAUCACGACCGCGUGGACAACCUGGUCCUGGACGACUUCAAGCGCUUCAAAUCCUCGCUCAGCUGCAACUUCCCCGACUGCCAGUUUUCAGGCAACAGCACCCACUUCCACUGCCUGCGCUGUGGCUUCCGCUGCACGGACAGCACCAAAGUGACGGCCCACCGCAAGCACCACGGCAAACAAGACGUGAUCAGCGCCGCCGGGUUCUGCCAGUUCAGCUCCAGCGCCGACUGCGAGGUCCCCGACUGCAAGUAUAAGCUCAAGUGCUCACACUUCCACUGCACCUUCCCCGAGUGCAAGCACACCGUGGUGGGAAUGUCCCAGAUGGACUCCCACAAGAGAAAGCACGAGAAGCAGGAGCGCGGCGAGCUGCCGUCGGUUUCACCCAAGCAGGAGGGGCCGCACCACCUGGGCGGAGGCGUGCCCGCGAUGCCCCCGGCCUCCAUGAGUCUGUCCACGUCUUCGUCCCACGUGGGCUUGUCCCACAACAUCAACAGCAGCGCUCCCUCCAUGCUCUACCCGAUGGGCGGCAUCGGCUCCGACUACAACCACCCAUACGCACCGUCCUCCAUCAGCCUGGACAGCUCCCUCAACCUGGGAACGGACACCAGCAGCUCCCUGUUCUUCCUGAAGAACGCCGCCGGCCUGGGCCUCAGCGACUCCCUGGACCUCAGCAAGAAGGUUCACCACGACGCGGUGCGAUCCGGACACAACCCCAAAGCCCCGCUAGGUCUGCCGGCAGCGCAGGACGACACCACGGGAACAUCCGGAGAGGCCGAAGACGACCUGUCGCCAGAGGAGGAGGCGCAAGUGGAGGAGGAGGAGGAGGAGGAAGAGGAGGACGAGGAGGAGGAGGAGCUCAACUCUGACUCCAACGACGAUUCGAUGGCAGAUCCUGACGGCGAAAAGGACAAUGGCCCGAGCUUUGAUGCUUCCGUUAACCUCACUGAUACUUCCCAACUGGAAAAGCAAGACAUUGACCCAUGAAGAAACGAACUAGGAGGGACUGUAGGAAGAGAAAAUGUGUACUAUGAACAAACAAAAAGGAAAGGGGCCUCAUUUAUCAUGUUUAGAGACUUCACAUGACAACAACAAAAAAACAACUGCGUGGAGAAAAUGACGGCCCGAAUGAUUUAUUAUGAUGUUUACAAGAUGACCAACAUUAUUAAUUCAAUUAUGCAUUAAAAAAAUAUGAACGGAGACACACAGAAUUAGGCCCUGUUUUACACGCGGGGCAGCAAUGUAAAGCAUUUUACUACACAUCAGUCUUUUUGUGUGCGUGCAUGUUUGACUUUAAUUUAUUUUCUUUUUUUUCUCACUUUUUUGUGUGUGGCAAAAAAAUGUUAGAAAAACAAAAACAAAUCUCUCUAUAUAACUAUAUAUGUGUGUGUGUGCGUGCGUGUGUGCGCGUGUGUGUGUGUGAAUAUGAUAUACAAAAGGAAAUUAGUGGGACGGGUAAAAUAACCUGCAGCUCUGUGGAUGCGUGGGAAAAGGGACGUGGAUCUAAGAGGAAGCAGGAUACGUUCAAACAUGAGAUUUCUUUCUGUAUAAUUAUUAAUUAUUAUUAUUAUUAUAACAGACACUGAGAGAAAAGGGGCUUUUGUUUGCUUGUGCCCAUCUCUCUCAGAUGUUUCACUUUGUUCUCAGUGACAUGUGGAAUUGACCAGUAGCUGUGUGGUCAGUCUCGGCUGCAGUCGGGCGUCCAGCGAGUCGCCGCUUUCAACAGUUCUCCGACAUUCUGCUAGAAAUGUUCACCUAGCACCAAAAACCAAGCUCAGCCCCGUGGAGGAAUUACGUUUGUGUAUGGAUAGUGCACUUUUAUAUUAGCUGAUCGUGAUUAUUGCGAUGACGAUAGAUAAGUAUAAGUGAGCAUAUUUAAAAAUAUUUUUGUUACCAUUUUGCAUCUUUGCAUUACAAUGUCGUUUUGUUGUGUCGUCAGUCAGAAGCAUAUCGAUCUGUAAGCAGGCGAGGGUGUGAUUCACGGCCGGCGCUCAGGUGGGAAGGAGCCAUGAGUCACUCGACAGUCGAGGGAGCGUCAGGGAGUGUGUUUAAUGUUGAAAAAUGUACAGACCGAAGAUGUCUCCACAACCUUUUGUUUUCCAUUCACUAUGGCUGUGGUUAAGCUCCUGUUGUAACGGUUUUAUUUAAUAUUUAUGUGACCUUCCAAUGAGACAUUUUAGGGUGUUAUUGCACUUUUUAGGUUCAUUUUUACCGUCUGGAAAAAAAUAUGAUAUAUAUCUUUUAACAGGGAAUUUGCUUUAAAGAUGUUGUUUUAGUUCACUUUUUUGUUUUUGCUUUAAUGCACAAAUAGAUGUUAGUGUGAUAACGAACUGUUGCUCUGUGAUUUAUUUAAAGACUGGCUUUUAUUUUGCGUCUGUAAUUGGAGUUUGAUUAAAAAAAAAAAAAAGAAAGAAAACGGGCGCAGAAAAACAGUGCCCUGUGAGAAACACUAAUACGGACUGUGAUUUAACUGAACUGACGUUCAUGGCAAUGCCCACAUGCUGUAAUACUAAAUUAUGAAUCUGACAAAGCCACCCACUGGUUUAUAUGGAGCGAAUACGUACGACCGAGGAGUGGACACACUGAUCACCAAUUAUCUCCUGAGCUUUGCAUUGGAAAUAAAUGAUCAUAUAGGGAAUAAUAAUGUGUGUAGAUGAUAUUCCUCCAGAUAUUUGUUUUGAGAAGAAAAAAAAAAGGGUUGUACAGUAUUUUCCUCUGUAAAAAAUAACUAUAUAUGAACAAAAUGCUCUUUGAUGAACAGCUUCCUUUAAAAAGAAAAGCGUAAAAAGGAGAAAUGAAUAAUAAAAAGUUAAAAAAUUGAAAUAGCCUCAUCAUAGUUUGCUUGUGUGCGUGACCUUAUUUAAUUAAUCCCAUUUUUUAGAUUCCAUUAUGAGAUUUGAUGUAUAUCUCGUUCUUUUUCACAACUAUUUCAGAGGCUCAAACUCAAACACACUGAUUUGAUUUCACUUAUUGAUAUUUUUGUUUAUUUAACGACUUGUAAUUUUUUUUAGAGUGUGUGCUUUUCGUUUUGUUUUUUCCUUAUUAAUUGGAAUUCUUGGGUUAUAUUUACUUUGCUGUGGGCACGCCUCGUUCACAGACUGAACUGUCUCCUGGGACUCUGUUGCGAAGCAGAGGCAUUAACGACACUUGUUUUGUUUUCUCGACAUAACUGCAGACGCUGGGAGACACUGCACUUGAAAUCAGUUCAUGUAUGUGUGUGUGUGUGCGUGCACGCAAGGGUGUAAAGUAGGAGGAUUUGUAAAAAGAUGACAAUAAAGAAACUAUAAUUAUUAUAAUAAUACA